AUCUGAUAAGAAGUUGUAAUACUUAAACACCCAAAUUUUUUAAACAUAUUAUAAAUUAUUAUUCAACUAAUUUGAAAAAUGUCUUCUAAAAUUAUUCCUUUCUCCAUAAACAAUAGUAUUGUGAAUUUACCGGAAGGAUAUGCAAGAAUUAGUGACGAUAUAGAAAAUUUUACUGUAAAACAAACUGAUAUUUGGGUUUUAGGAUUUCCCAAAUCAGGUACCACAUGGCUUCAAGAAAUGGUUUGGUGUCUAGCGAAUAAUUUGAAUUUAUCAUGUCAACGAUCAAUGCUUGAAAAAUUUCCAGUUUUAGAAUCAAAGAUGCAUCACCAUCAUUCGGAUGAGUAUUACAUACUAGAAUCAAUAAAAUAUUGUGAUGAUCUUCCUGAUCCAAGAUUUAUUAAAUGCCAUUUACCAUGGAAUGCAUUACCUAAGCAAUUACGAACUGGAGAGGCUAAACCAAAAAUUAUUUACAUCCAUCGUGAUCCAAAGGAUGUUGUAGUUUCAAUGCAAAAUUUUCUAAACAAUAUGGGCUUUUCAAAUCAAUCCAUUGAACAAUUGAGUGAAUCAAUGCUAGAAAAUAGGAUAAUGCGGGGUCCAUAUUGGAAUCAUGUGAAUAGUGCUUUUGAAAAUCAAAAAAUAUUACCAAAUUUAUUACUAAUAAGCUAUGAAGAUAUGCUGAACGAUUUAAGUUCAAUUAUUCGAAAAACUGCAAAACAUUUAGAAGUCGAUAUAGAUGAAAAUCAAAUUGAGAAUUUGAAACAUCAUUUAAGUUUCCAGUCGAUGAAAAAGAAUAAGACAAUUGCCGUCAGAGAAAUAAAAGGUGAAAUUAAAACGGUUUUAGCCAAAGGUGUAGCAGGACGUCAUAAAGAAAAUAUGUCACCUGAACUUAUUUCUCGAUUUGAAAAAUGGGAAAACGAAAAUAGGAAAUAUUAGUGUUUGUUUUAAUGACAUAAGAAGAUUCAUGUAUGCUAUUCCAUAGGAACCGUGAAUUUUUCAGGGAUAAAAAUAACCCUUUUUUCAAGAAUUUUUUGAUCCCUAAUGGGGAAGAAUUCGGGUUUGUUGUAAAUCCCUUUCAUAACACUUAGAACAUGAUUUAUAUGUGUUUCUAGAGAAGUCUGUAUUUUUGUUCCGUUAUUUUUUGGCAUUCACAGUGGUCACCUUAAGUUGAAACAAACUUCAACUCGAUAUUCCUGUAAUUUAUCUUCAAAUUAACCUAGCAAAUUGUAAAACGGUAUGUGAGUCUCAAGAAUAUGUCUCCUUUUAUGUAGAAAUAUUAUGUUUUUUUCGUGAUAAUUAUGGCUUUGUACAUCUUUACAGCCUCUACAAAUGGAACUGGAGGGUUGUCAACUUUCCAGUUUUCCUCCCUCGCUUUUUAAAUCAAAAUAUCAUGUUUUUCGUGGUAUAUUUAGUAAGAUAAUUAAGCAUUUUUAUGUGAAUUUUAUUAAGAUAAAAAGUGAGUCUUUUGGUUUUCAUUUCAUUUUUUCAAAAACUUGCAAAGACAAUAAUCUCAUUUCAAUAAGCUACAAUUAUUAAUAUAUAAGAGGACAAAAUGGCUUUAGUGAUGGAGUUCUGCUGCUCAUAACUUUUUGUUAUAUUUUAUAUAUAAUAAUACCUAAUAUUUUAACAUAUUUU